AUGGUGCACGCGAGUGCGGUCUCACCCGCUUUCCUCCACACUUCUGGCAGCACUGGCACCCGUGUUGCUUUCGUCGCGCAGCAGACCGUUCAACGCGAGCGGCGGUCGUUAGCCCCGAAGCUUUCCACGAGGUCACGGGCGCCCGUUACCCGACGUCCGCAAGCACCGCGCGGCAUCGUCAGCAGCGAUGGCGGCAGUGGCAACGCAAGCGGCGGCGGCGGGGGCGGCAUUGUCGUUGGGCCCGCGGCCGGGCAUUCCGAGGAGCAGGUGGCGUGGCUAGGCCGCUUGGACUAUUACGGGGGCAGGCAAAUGUGGAGGAAGGCGGAGGACAAGUUUCAGCAGAUGCAAGACGAGGGAGUCUACCCCACGCUGCCUCUGUGCAACAGCCUGAUGGAGGCCUACCUUAAGGGGAAGCGGUACGUGAACGCGGUGGGAUUCCUGGAGGACCUGUGUCUCGGCAACAUCCUCUCCGACGUGGCGCACGACGGCUUGCGCGGCGCCAAGGUCUCCCCCGCCGCCAGCGGCAGCAGCGGCAGCAGCAGCAGCAGCAGCGAAGAAGAAGCUGGCGAAACAGCUGUAGCAACCGCACCCAUCGUGCCCAACCUCCGAACGUUCAACCUCGUGCUGGCCACCCUCGCGUCCGCCGGAAAGUGGAAGAAGGCCCUGGACGUGUCGGCACCGAUGAGGGCGGGGAAAGACCCCGCCGCCGGCAGUGGGAGCGGGGGGGGGCGGGGACGCGGAGGCGGAGGAGGCAGGGGGAAGGGGGAUUUGGCGAGGAACGCAGUGAAGAGCGUCGCUGGGGGGCUCACGGCGGACUCGGAGACAUACACGCAUCUUAUCGUUGCUUGCGGCAAGGGCGGAGAACCCGAUAGGUCGCGCCAGCUCUUCGACGAGAUGCGGAGCAGGGGCAUCUCCCCCCCCGCGGAGGCGACCGCGGCGCUCAUCAAGGCCCUCGCCAAGGGCGGCCGGGGCUCCUCCGAGGCUCUCCGUCUGCUGGGCGACAUGCGGGCGGCGGCGCAGGGCGGUGCUGCGGGCCGCAGCGGAGGCGUGUACCUGGGGGAUGGUAUGCCCUCCGACGGGAUGGAUGGUGCUGCCAGGGAGAAGAGCGAGGCGGCGGCGCAGAGUCUGGGGUUCGAGGGCGCGAUAGAGGCGUGCGCCGUGAACGGGGAAUGGCAAAAGGCUGUUUCCCUGCUGGACGAGAUGCGCCAGGCGCGGAUGUACCCGGACGCCCGGUGCUACGGGAACGCCAUGCGAGCCUGCGCCGCGGGGGGCAACUGGCAGCUGUCCCUGGCCCUGCUCAAUACGAUGAAGAAGGAAGGCGUCACUCGCACCGCGUUCAACUACAACAUCGCCAUGCAGGCGUGUCGAAAAGCGGAACGCAACAAGAAGGCAAUAUCCCUGCUGGACGAGAUGGAGAAAGACGGAGUCGCCCCGGACAUCGUGACGUACAACACAUGCGUCACCAUCGCGGGCCAGGCCGGGCGGCUGGACCAGGCUCUCGAGCUGCUCAGGAGGGCUAGCGAGGAGGGGGGGCUAGAGCUCGAUGUGGUGAGCUAUCGGGCGGCGUUGGGGGGGCUCCGCAGGGAGAAACGGUGGGAAGCUGCCGUGAAGCUGCUGGGAGACAUGCAGCGCCGUGGGCUUGGGCCUGACGAGGUGUGCACUGCCAUGGCGAUGAACACGUGCGUGGCCGCACAGCAGCCCCUCCGCGCCCUCGACCUCUUCCGGGACAUGCGGGACGUUGGCAGGGUUUUCCCCAGGAUUUCCUCUGUGACCGCCCUGCUUGAGGCCCACGCGGCGUUGGGGCGGUGGGAGGACGCAUUGGUGGAGCUGAGGGCUCUCAGCGCCUCAGGGGUGAAGCCCGACGGAAGGGCGAUCGCGUUCGCUAUGGCGGCAUGCAACGCCGCCAGGAAGUGGGAGCAGACGAUCAGCCUCUACCACUACGCUCUCAAGAUGGGGAUUGAAAGCUCUAUGGAGGGCCUCGUUCUCGUGGCCAGGGCCUACGGUGCCGGGAAGGACUGGCAGGCUGUCCUAGGAGUUCUUGCCACCGCUGAGGAGGCUUGUUCUUCUGCCGCGGCGGCAGCGGCGGCGGCCAACGAUCGCGGUGGGGAAAGAGCGGCGGCGGUGCCGGCGGUAAAGCAUCCGCCGGCCGAGCUGUACGAGGUGGCGGCGAGGUCGCUGGCGCUGGCGGGCAUGUGGGAGGAGGCGGCCAGUGCCGUCAGGAGGCUAGAGAAACUUUCGCCUCGCAAGACCCGAGAGGGAGCCGGCGCGGCAGCAAGGACGUCCGCCGCGGGCCUCGGGACCUACGAGAUGAUCCUUGGCGCCGCUCUGGCCGCCGGCUGCUUCGAGGCCGUCCUGGCGCAGGCGGACGCUGCCCGUGCCGCCCUUAGGGACGCGUCCUCCUCGCCCUCCUCUUCGUCGGGGUACGACCACGGGGCCAGCCAAGGCGGGCAAGGCAGAGGCGGCGGUGGCGGCGUUCGCGAGCUCAACCCCGGAGCGCUGGCCCACGAGGCCGCCGCCGCCGGUCGCCUCGGGCAGUGGGACCGCGUGUCCCCGCUGCUGGCGAAGGCGAUGAGGUCUCCCGACCUGAGGGGCGUCGCCGGGUGCCGCCUCUACGCGGCGCUCAUCACUGCGGCGGCCGCCUGCGGGAAGCCCAGGCGCGGGCUGGAAGUGUUUCAGGAGAUGGUGGAGGAGUCGCGCUCGGGCGGCGGCGGUGGUAGCGCGGGUGGGAACGGAGACGGGGUUGAUGCUGCCGUGCUCGGGGCUGCGGCCGCGGUAGUGUCGGGCGGCGUCGAGUGGAGCGAUAGCAUGUCCGGGGAGGACGGCACCACCGGGGAGGUGGCAAUGGAAGAGGCGUUUUCGCGAAGCGGCGGCGGCGGGGAGCGCAGGCUGCCGCCGCCCGACGGCGCUACCUUCCUGGCCGCGCUGGACGCCUGCGCCGCCGUGGGCGGCGAGGAGUCGGUGACGCUCGCCAUCGGUGUCACGAAGGACGCCGCCGCCGCUGCGAGGGAGUUCCAACGGCCAGCGGGCGGCGGUGGCGGGGGGGACGCGAAGAAGCCGAGGCUCUCGAGUCGGCAGCUGGCGGCGGUGCUGUCGAAGGCCGGAGAGGUCUGCGCCGCCGUUGGAAAGGAGUCGACCGCCAUAGCCCUGGCCGCGAAAGCGGAGCAGCUCGUCGGCGAGGCGGAGGCGCCGUAG